AUGGCGUCAUCUUUCUUUUCUGAUUUUGGCCUUAUGUGGUAUCUGGAGGAACUUCAAAAGGAGGAGUUCUGAAGGUUUAAGGCGCUCCUGAAGCAGGAGAGUCUGCAGCUCGGACUCGCGCGGACCCCCUGGGCCGAGGUGAAGAGAGCCACGCGGGAAGGCCUCGCGGACCUGCUGCUCAGGCGCUAUCAGGAAGAGCAAGCUUGGGACGUGACCCUCCGGCUCUUUCACAAGAUUGAGAGAAAGGACCUCUGUGAGAAGGCCAGGAGGGAGAGCACGGUGAGUGUGGCCGCCUGCGGUGAGUGUGGCCGCCUGCGUGAGUGUGGGCCGCCUGCGGUGAGGGCCGGGCCGCCCGCGGUGAGUGUGGCCGCCUGCGUGUGGGCCGCCUGCGGUGAGUGUGGCCGCCUGCGGAUCCACGAUUACUUUGAGCAGAAGGAGCGGGACUACAUGGAAGUCUUGUUUGUGCCUAAGGCAGCGAGAGAAGAGCCACCACGUACUGUGGUCCUUGUUGGAACCCCCAAAUUUGGGAAGACAACGUUCCUUGUCAAGUUCCUGUUGGCCUGGGCAGAGGGCACCCUCUAUCAGGAUAGGUUCCUGUAUGUUUUCUUCUUCUCCUACCGAGAGGUGAAGCGGUUGACGGCGACCAGCUUGGCUGAGCUGAUCUCCAGAGACUGGCCCGACGCCCCCGUGCCCCUGGCAGAGAUCCUGUCCCAGCCGGAGAGAGUCUCGUUCAUCGUCGACAGCGUUGAGGCGCUGACGCGUGCCUGGAGAGAGCCCGGGACGCAGCUGUGCGGUGACUGGACGCAGCAGCGGCCGGGGGAGGUGGUCCUGGGCAGCUUGCUGAGGAGGAAGGUGCUCCCGGAGGCCUCCCUGCUCGUUGCCACGACACCCGAGUGCCAGGAGGAGCUCGAGGCUCAGCUGGAGCACCCAGACGUCAGAACGGCCAUGGGACUCAGCGAGAGCGACAGGAAGCUGUCCUUCUCCUGCGUCUUUCAGGACAGGAAGGAGGCCGCGGAGGCCUUGCGCUCCGUGAGAGAGAACGAGCAGCUGUUCGCCAUGUGCCAGGCCCCGGUGCUGUGCUGGGUCGUGUGCGCCAGCCUGAGGCAGGAGAUGGAGCGGGGCCGCACCACCACCUCCCUGUACGCCGCUUUCCUCUCCAACGCGCUCGCGCCCAAGGGCGCCGGGUGCCCGCUUCAGCGGGGCCGAGGCCAGUUGAAGGGCCUGUGCUCCCUGGCUGUGGAAGGCGUGUGGACGGACACGUUUGAGUUCAGCGAGGAGGACCUCAGGAGGAACGGGCUGCUUCAGAAGCGCGGGGGGCAGGGGAGCUCGUACACAUUCAUCCACGUGUGCGCCCAGGAGUUCUGUGCCGCCAUGUUUUAUUUACUGAAGCACCCCGCUGAUCACCCCAACCCCACCAUUGGAUGUGCAAAGGCACUGGUACUGACCUAUCUGAAGAGAGCAAAGCCACAUUGGAUUUUUUGGGGGUGCUUUCUGUUUGGCCUUUUAAAUGAGGAGGUGCAGAAGCUGGGCGCCUUCACUGACUUCGAGCGGCGCCUGGCGGUGAAGCAGGAGCUCCAGCGGUGCCUGAGGGCUUUGGGGGAGCAUGAGCAUCUGAGGGGGCGGGUGGACUUGCUGGUGCUAUUCUACAGCCUGUUGGAGACGCAGGACAGCGUCUUUGUGAGGCAGGCAUUGGCCUGCUUCCAGGAAGCUGACUUCUCUGUCAGUGACAGUGUGGACUUGAUGGUUUCCGCCUACUGCCUGAAGCACAGUUCUGGCUCGAGGAAACUUUCUUUUUCCAUCCUAAACGUCUUCAAGCAGGAGAACGGAGACAGCUCUACGUCAACUCGCAGUCUCAUCCAUUGGCGUCGUAUCUGCUCUGUGCUUACCACAAACGUGCACCUCGAAGAACUGCAAGUGUACAACAGUGUCCUCGAUGAAACCGCCUUCGUGGCUUUGUGUCAAGAGCUGAGGCAUCCCAGUUGUCACCUUGAAAAGCUCGAGAUGAAUAAUUUUUGCUUCUAUGGUGAGAACUGGCUCUUCUUUGAGGUGUUCACUCAUAACCCGUACCUGAGGUACCUGGACCUUAGCAGUACAGCCCUCUCCCAUGAUGACGUGAGGUUGCUCUGUGAAGCUCUGAGCCACCCGCGGUGCCGCAUCGAAGAUCUGAUGCUGACAAAUUGUCUCCUCUCAGCGGAUGACUGUGAAGCGUUUGCCUCGGUUCUGAAGAGCAGCAAAAACCUGAGGUACUUUAACGUAGCCUACAACUACCUGGACGAAGGCGUGGGCCCGCUGUGCGAGGCUCUGUGCUACCCCGGCUGUGUGCUGGAGGCCCUCGUGCUGUUUAGCUGCUAUGUCAGUGAACCCUGCUGGGAGACCCUGUGUGAUGUUCUCAUGAGGAGCAAAUGCCUAACCUAUCUAGAUCUCGGCCUGAGUGUCCUGAGAGGUGAUGACUUGGAGCUCCUGUGUGAGGCCCUGAGACACCCGCAGUGCUGCCUGCAGUCGCUCUGUUUGGUGAAAUGUCACAUCACUGCUGAGGGCUGUCGAGCCAUUGCCUCCGUCCUCACCAGCAGCUCAAACCUGAGAAGUCUGGAACUCGGGCACAACGACUUACGAGAUGUGGGUGUGAAGCUGUUGUGUGAAGCUCUGACCCGUCCCAGCUGUCACUUAGGCAAUCUUGGCCUGGACCCCUGCCAGCUGACCAGUGCCUGCUGUGAGGACCUUGCCUCCGCCCUGACCUCCAGCAGAACCCUGAGGCGGCUGCAGCACGGGGUGGUGCUGCUGUGUGAGGCCGUGAGACACCCCGCGUGCGUCCUGAGGGUGCUUGGGCUGCAAAAAUCUGAGUUUGGUGAGGAAACCCAGAGCCUUCUGAUGGCUGAGGAAGAGAGAAACCCCUCCCUGACGAUCGUGGAUAGUGACUAA